UGAUCAUGUACCACAGUUUAAAGUAAGUGAAGUUUGUUCUUUUCUGUACAUAUAUAUGGAUUAUUUCUUGUUAAUUAUUUGUAUGAUAAUAAAAAAUUUCUAUUAAUUUUAUACACUUCUGAAUAAGAUUACAAAUGUCGAACUUAUUUGGGUAGAUGUUUAUUUUAAUAAGUUCAGUCUUAUUUUGUUUAGAGUGCGUAUAAAUUUAACUUGACUGGUAAAAUUAACUUGUUGUUGUGUAUAUCAUACAAACACUAGUUCUUCUCAAUAAUUUGUUACUAUCAAAGUUCUUUUCCAUUUUGCUUCACUUGAGAAGUAAUAAUUAGAGUGCAGUGUUCAAUAAUUGUGUCAAGGUUUUAGUAAAUAUUGUUUAUGAUGUUACACAAUAUCAUAUAAAUCAUUCUGCACGAAACAUGGUGUUUUGAGACAAUUUUAUAACCUAGGUUAGCAAUGAGGAUUUUAAGAUGUUUGGAUUUUAAUCCAACGGCAAGUAAAUUGUUCAGCAUUGGUCGUAAACAACACGAUACAAUAAUCGAAGAGUUUAGCAGUAAUUCUUCGUAAGACAGUUCCAGUUGUUACAACUUUCACAAUAUUUACCUCGUUAUAGCAAAGGCGCUGCAGAAUUUUCUGAAAAUAAGUGUUCUACUGGUACUAUGGUGCGCGCUAUGUAUGCGAACAGACAUAAGUAGUAUUUAGCGGGAACUGGAAUUGAAAUGGUUAUCAGCAGAAAGUUGAAAUAAAUAGAAAAAGAAGGAGAAAGAAGAACAGUCGGAAUAACAACAUCAUCGGAAAAAUGAUGAAGUAUGUAAACGAUAACUCAACGAGGAUAUCCAAAUGAUGUAUUUAGUGUAUGAUUUUCAGAUUUUACAAAGGCACUGUUUGAUUUUGCAUAUAAAAAUAAAUUGGUUGACGGUACCUGAGUUUUCGUUCACUAUAGAACUACAGUGUCUUUCCAUCGGAAUAUUGAAAUAGAAGAAAAUCUCAUGUAUAAGUCUAAACGAAAUGUACUGUUAUACGAAGACAUCUAAUAUUAAAUAAUGACCAUAAAAUCCCUGAUGUACUGAGUUUUAGAUGAAUUUCUCAGGGUUUUGUUGGAUGGUCGGUUAACGUUCAAAUCAUCAAAGUCUAUAAUAAGACAGUAAUUGACUGAUGACAUUUGUUGAAGAUUGUGGUACAUUGUAUAGUUGUAAUGAACGAAAACAGGUGGGGACAACCAAGUGCAUUUUAAAACAUAACUACGGAGUUAUUUAGUGAAAUAUGAAAACCAUACGUUUAGUCCUUCAUUUGCAAAACGUCAAUUAAUUGUCUCAGACUUUAUUGUUCUUUCAUUUCGAUACCAAUUCUUAAUUGUUCCCAUUAUCUUCUAUUCUAUCUUCCCAACCUGCUGCUGUCAAGUUUUCCACCUUAUGUUGGUGUUGCAUAUUACUUGUGUCGACAGGCAUAAGUAGCAUACACCACAGAAUGAUUAAGAUUUAAAUGAUGGGUCGUUGGAUUCCAUAUAAAUUCUACCGAGUAUCCGCUACUACUGGGUGGAGAGUGCUAAACUCAGAUAAUAAUAACUGCCUAAAAGAUUCCUCGUCUUUUUAAUGAUUCUCCAAUUGAUAUGUUUUAUGAAGAUUACUGUGUUUCAUAGUUUACACUACAGACUAAUCUUAGUUAGAGACAAUCAUUAAAGACUAGAAAACACUGGAUAAUUAUUUAGUUCAAAUAUAGAAUAUCAGUUUGUGCACAAAUCUUCAAAUUUCUACACAUAAUUUAUCUAAAACCUUUCGAUCGUAUGAAAAGCCAUUUACAAACAUCCUCUCUUUUAACUAGUUCUAUUACUUAAAGUAUCUAAGUAACACUUACUGGCAGCUAUGUAUGCGUAUUUUUGAAUACUCGAAUAGGUGUAAAUGAACUAUUUAUAUCAUUGAUUGAUUUAUCUAAGGAAAAAUUGACAAACUAGAAGGGCUUAUUCAUAAGUUUUGUUACAAACUAUUUCAAGCAUAUACAUAAAUAUAUGAAGAAUAAUUUGUUCUUUUGUUUAGAGUUUGAAAAAAAAAAUCUAAUCUGAUGCCAAGUACAAUGAUAUAUUAAACGCAUAUAAGCACAUUUCAGUUAUUUUAGUCAAUUUUUAGUGUCAUGUCAAAUGAAUCGUUGUAAAGUUAGUUAUAUAUCAAAUUAUUUGAUCUAUUUUUGUAUAAUGACUUGUCUCGCGAAGAAACUGGGAAAAGGAGAAGAAGAAGAUACGAAAAAGUCAAUACUGUAUUGUUAGUAGUUGUCAUACCAAUUGUUAUCAUGUUGUGUUCGUAUUAUAUAAAGAAUUUGUCCCAAUUUUAUGUUAUAGCGUUGACAGUAUUUAUGUUGGUGAGUGGUGGUGAGUGGGGAUACAUAAUGGUCAUACUCUUUCUUGUUUAUCUAUUAUAUAUAAAUAAAAUUUUACGAAAGUGAAAAAAAACAAGCAAGCAAGAAGCUUUUUCAUGCACAUACAUACUUGCAUCAGUGAUUAUCAGGGAUAAUUUUUUUCUUAUUAUUUACAUGUCAAACUGGUUUUAACUUGGAAUUAAAAAUUAUUCAGUUGUCUAAAUAUUUGAAGAUGAAUUUCAAUAAGAAGUUUAUACAUGUAUAUAGGUAGAUACAUCUUAGUUGGCAUAGAACUUGAUAGAUGAAGGCUACUUUAAGUUUGUAUUGAUUAAUUUUCUAUAUAUAUACCAAGAUAUAUUUCAAAAGUUAUAUUCGUGAUGCUUUUACGUUCACUUCGAUUGCUGUUCUUUUUUUUUCCUAUUCACUUGUCGUUUCCCAUGCAUACAUAUAAAACUUAUAAUAUUUAUGAAUAUAUAUGAUCGUUUGGUUAUAUCUGACUAUUAACUAAUCAGAUAGUUGAAAAUAAAAUACAUUGGCGAAUAUUUGUAACUUAUUUUAUUGAUCGCGUUAAUUAUUGCCUUGGUUCUUCUUAGACAGGUAUAAUGUUUGGUGCAUGAUUACAAGUACUUGCUGUUAACACAGUUGAUGAUUAUUAACGUUUACUUUUUACAUAUCUUUGAAAACUUUUGAGAAGGCUAUUUCUGAAGAUUUACCAACUUUGUGAAACAUAUUAACCUAUUAAUUGUAAAGACAAACAUUCCGGAGAAUUGAUAUACCGAGUAAAGCAGAUAGAAUAUGACAUAUCACAUUAUGUACCAAGGUUGUGUGGUAAAUCAUAUAUAAGAGUGAGUUAGAUACGUUGUGUAAAUGAAUUAUUUGUGCAACCAGAAUAAUUAUCUACAUGUCUGUUAUCGGAAUGAUUCUGAUUGGCAACAAAUAUAAAUUAAAUUGUAAAUAAUAAUCGUCCGGCAAACACAUGUCAGUGUGCAUUUUGCUAACUUCUAUAUAGUUUAGCUUGUCCAAGUGUUCUGAGCUUGGAUCACUCAAUCAGAUUAGAGUCAAUAUUAGAACUGGUCUGCUCUAGCUGUCUAACAAUCAUGACUUUCUGUAAUAUAUAUUUAAGAUUCUCAUUUUUGUAUAAGACAUUGAAAAAAGUGAUCUGUGUUGCAAAUCACUACAAAUGAGAUCUAUUUAUUAUUAAUAUUAUUAUUCGUUUAUGUGCUAAUCAUGUGCCUAUUUCAUUUUCUUCGUAAAACCGAUUUUAGCAUCCUAAAGACCACUUAAAAAUGUUAUUAGAACACAAGAGUUUUCCAGCAUCUUCUGAUGGAAAACCUACUCUUAUUACAAAUUUAUCUGAGGCAUCUCCAGUAGGAAGUCGUAUAGUUUUACCAUUGGCUGAAGAUUUGGACUCCUCACCAUUCAAUGUUCAACGUUAUGAGUUAGAAAAUCUUGAUCAUUUAAAUAUGAGUGAAUCAGAUUUACCUACGUUCCAACUGAAUUACACAAAAAAUAUUGUUACUAGUUCUGAUGGACAUUAUCCUUCACAUUCAAUUGGUCAUGUAUCAAAUGACAGAACAGAGUCGGUUAUUUCAAAACUUGAACUUGUUUUAUUGAAACCUCUGAAUCGUGAAGAGAAAGACAAAUAUAAAUUACGGAUUCUUGCUAUUGAUGGUGGUCAACCAUCGCAAACUGGUACACUUUAUUUAUUUAUUCAUGUAUUAGACAUAAAUGACCAUGCACCAGUUUUUAAUCAAUCAGUUUAUGAAAUUCAUGUCAGUGAAGGAAUUAUAAAUAAAACCAUAUUACAGUUGAGUGCUACAGAUGCAGAUGAUGGAGAGAACGCCGUUAUAAUUUAUAAAUUUCCUAAAGGUUCUGAAUGGAUUACUUCAAUAUCAUCAUCAUCAUCAUCAUCAUUACUUACUAGUAAUGACGUGGUGAAUGUGAACCAAUAUCCACCAGGUUACUGGUUUCAUUUAGAUGAUUCAACUGGUAGACUAUCGAUUCAGCGACCCCUUGAUUAUGAAACAAAAUCAGAACAUAUUUUCGAAGUUCUAGCUUAUAAUCCACCUUCAGUUUUAUCUUCAUCAAACCACAGAAUCUCUUCAGAUAUGACAGCAACAGCUAAGAUUAUUGUGAAAGUUGACAAUGAAUAUGAUGAACCUCCAUUUAUUCAAAUUGAUUAUUCUAACGAGAAAAAUGAACAUUAUAAACAUGUUACAGAAAAUUCCAUGAAUUUAUAUUUUAUCGCUUUCAUCAUAGUCACAGAUCCUGAUUAUAAUGAUAACAACAAUUAUCAUUUACAUUCUUCCUCUUCUUCUAUAUCAUCAUUAUCGAAUAGAGUCAAUAGUGCUUCAUUGUCUAAGACUGCAUUAAUCUCAUGUAAAUUAGAGACACAUGAUGAAUUCUACAGUUUAUUUGAAUCAGAUAAUUAUAAAUUAAAUAAAGCAAAUGAAGUAAGAUAUGUUUUGCAAACAAUUAAAUCAUUAGAUCGUGAAAUAGGUGAUGAGAAUAGAAUUGUAAUUAGUUGUACGGAUUCAGAUAUACCACCAAAAACAUCGACUGCAACAGUUGUGGUAAAAAUUGAUGAUCAAAAUGAUUGCAUUCCAGAAAUUCAUGUUUCUACAUUAAGUUUGACAGCGGCCAACAUUUACAAAACAGAUAAAUUUCAGCAACGACAACCGAAAGAUUAUAUACCAGUACAACCAUGGUCAAUGAAAAGGUUAACUUAUUUAUUAGAAACUGAACAAGACAAGCACAAAGUAUAUAAUUCACCUAUAUUUUUAGCAUUCUUAGCUAAUAUUUCUGUAUAUACUGUAUAUAUACCUGAAAAUAAACCAUCAUCUACUUUAAUUGCUCAUUUAAAUGCUACUGAUAAUGAUUCCGGUGAAAAUGGUCGUGUUACAUUUGAAAUGAUUGAGUCAUAUUCAUUUAAUAAUUUAUUUUCAAAACUAAGCUACUUACCACAAUUUCAACAUAUUCUACUAAAUCAACAAACUUAUAAUGAUAAUAAUCAUAUGAAUGAUGAUGUAAUUGAAAUACAUAGUAAACAAGAAGCAUUUGAUUUAUUUCAAAUAAAUGCAACUCAUGGUGAUUUAACAACUCGUCAAUUAAUUGAUCGUGAAGAAAAUGGAAUAAUAACAAAUGAAGUAUUCAUUUUGAUUAAAGCUACAGAUCAUGGUAUUUCACAUCAAUUACAUUCAUUCGCUUUAAUUCAAGUAAUUAUCCUAGAUGAAAAUGAUAAUCCUCCAAGAAUAAUCAGCACAGGACCUACAUUUAACAUUGAGGAAAAUCAACCAACUGGUACUAAAAUAGGUGAAAUCGCAGUGAUUGAUCCUGAUAUAUUUUCAUUUGUACAACUUGAUGAUAUUUAUUACCCUGGGUUACUUGAAAAACAAACUGGUGAUUAUUUUGGAAAAUCGUCAUCAAGUUUCUCUCAAAUUCCGAAACAACAACAACAACAACACCAGCAUAAAGGAUUACAAGUGCGUAUUGAUCCAGGACAUGGAAGAAGAGAUCUACCUUUUACAUUACAUGAAAUUGGCAAUGGACGAUACUUUUUGAAUACAACACGCCCAUUAGAUCGUGAAACAGAGGAAGCUUUCCAAUUUAUUAUUGUUGCGACAGACAACGAACCUGUUCGUACUUAUCAUGAUAUAAAAAAUAAUUAUCCAAGUGCUUAUAUUAUAAAUAAUCAUCGUUAUCCAGGUCAUACAGCUUCAUUGUCUGUUAUUGUCAAUGUGAUUGAUGUAAAUGAUAAUAGACCAGAGAUUAUAUUUCCUAAUCCAAUGACAUCCAAUUCUACCGUACAUCGUUUAUCAUAUCGUGUUUACGCUGGUCAUGAAAUUAUCAGUAUUAACGCAAAUGAUCGUGAUGCUGAUCAGUUCAAUGGGAAAUUUCAUUUUGAAAUGGUACAAGAUUUAAAAAGCAGUGAUUUAUUUACAAUUGAUCGAGAUAAUGGUAUGUUGAAAACACGUCGUACAUUAACAAAAGAUGAUCUAGGUGAAUAUCAUGUGCAUAUAAUAGUACGAGAUGAAGGUCAACCAUCAUUGGAAACACAGUUGUUAUUACGUUUAUUAAUUGAUCAGUCUGAACCACAAUGGGCAUCAAAUAUAAAAAAUAAUAGGAAUUAUCAGUUUAAUGAUUUUCUAUCAUCGUCAUCAUCAUCUAAUCAAAUGCACAGUAAUAAUCAUCAUACUCUUAGAAAUAAUCUUGACUUAUAUGAUAGAAGUCAACAUGAAUUAUACACUACUAGCAAUGAUUUAUUGACAUUACCCUUAUUUAAAAAUCUUGAUUCAAAUGUUCUUCUCUUCAUUAUCAUUAUAGUUAUUUUAUUUUUUAUUCUGAUCAUGAUUGGAUUAUGUAUUUAUUUACGUCAUAAAUAUAAUUUUCUGCAUUUUAUCCCAGAUAUAUAUGAUAAUAAUAAGUGUUCAUGUUGCAGUACAUGUCUGUUGUCUAGACGUAAUCAAUCAACAUUGUCAUCGAAUAUUGAUGAAAAGCCAUAUCUGAAAAAUUUACUUGAUCAUACGACGGUUACAACAACAACAACAACAACAACAACAACCACUACUACUAACAUAACUGCUCAUUGUAAUAAUAAUACACCAAUAAAAACAAUGAUGACGACAAAUACAGCAACAACAACAACGUUGAAAUAUUUGAAUCAUAUUGAUUAUGGAAUAUGUACAGAUUUAUUAAAAUAUAAACAAACAAAUUUCAAUUUGGGCUCUUUAACACCAGUUAGUCCAAUAUGUUGUAGCCAUUCUGUUGUACAUUUACCGAUUUCGCAUAAUAAUAAUAAUCAACAACAACGACGAGAACACCAUUUGAUCACUAACAGUCGAAAUUGUCGACAUCGUGAGAAUCAAGAUUUCUUUGUGGAUUCUGAUGUAUCAAAUGCUCUCAUCGCUGAUAAUACUAGUAGUUUUAGCAAUUCUCUUUCGCCAUCUCACUCAAAUUAUGAUUUUAAUGAUUUUAGUCGUAAGCACACUUCAUAUGUUACCAAUAGCAAUCAUAGAUGUUGGCCAAUAAAUCCAUUGACUGUAAAUAUACCUAAUAUUGUCAAUGAAACUAAUGAUACAAUGCAUGGUAGUUAUUAUCACUUUGUUCCGAAUUCAUUUGGAGUAGAAUUUCCUAAUCAAAGUAAAAAGAAUUUCUAUCGUGGCUACAAACCAGGUAAUGGAUUGUUACAUACCUACAAUGUUGGUGAACAGCAACAAUAUGUUCCUAAUGGACGUUUAUGUUACAUUAAUGAAUGUAAUGAGACAUCAAAUGCACAUUUGGCCGCGAGAAAUGCAUGGGAUGCUUCUGAAUUUGAAUUUCGACCAAUUAAAGAUACCAUCAAUUCAUAUCAGGCUGCUUCUUUCACAGAAAGUGGUAAAUCAGAUGAUUAUGUUAGACCUCAAGUUCACUCACUUCAUAGAACGCCUAUCCCAGACAAUGAUCAAUACAUUGGAAAUAAUAGUAGUGUUUGUUAUCCACAACUUACAUCGCAUUUAAGUGUAUGGAAAUCCGAUCCAUAUUUGAAUCAAAGUAUGCAUGAUUUGAUCAAAAAGCAGCAUAAUAAAGAAAGCAACCGAAUAUGGACUGAAACAAAUUUCUACAAUAAAAUUGGUUCUACAUUAGAUGGUAUAAACCUUAUACCUGAAUAUUACGGCACACAAUUAAAACGAUCCAAGUCCACCAGGCAUACCACUGAUAAGGAUUUAAUUAGUACGAAACUCCAGAAUAAACCUAUGCCCUUUAAUUCAAAUUUCAAUAAUGGGGAGGACCAAUCAAGUAAACAAUUAAGAAUGAUAACAGUGCAUCCGUCUUCGGAUAAAAACGACACAAUAACUACUGGUUGUCACAAUAACAGUAUUACUACUACUGAUAAUAAUAACGAUAUUCAUUGUACUAAAACUAAUCAAAUGUCACAAUAUGCUAUUUCAUUUCCGACUGUACAAGCUAGUUUUGUUUAGGAAUUUGGAGAGAAAUAUUCAUAAAAAGAAGUCAAUAAAACAAUUUUUCAUAUAUUUGCUUAGUAUAUGCACUCAAUUUGUUUACUGUAAAUAUACAAUAUCUACAUUAUAAACUUGAAUUGUCUCUUCAUUCCAAUCUUUAUUUUCUCCCACCAUGUUUAUUCUAAUAUAACAGAAAAUUUGGCUUGAUUGUCCCUGGAUGGUUGCUCAUUGUCGAAACUAAUUUUUUUAAUAAUUUAAACGUUUCUGAGUUUCCUCUACUUGCUAUUAUUGCAAACAUUUUAUUAAUGCACAGCCGACAUAUAUAUAAUAUCAGGGAAAAACAUAUACCAUUUGAAUUCACAGUGAUGAGAAAUAGCUUAGGUUUGCUGAUAUCAGUAGGUAACAUUCAUUAGUAAUAUCAUUUCCCAACCCUGAGGCAUUCAUAGUUCAGGUAGUGAAACCAUUUUAAGGCAAGAACCUUAUUAAAUUAUAUUUAACGAGAAUUUACAAGCAUUCUUCGUACUAGUCGAAUGAGAACAUAUAUCAUUCUAUUGUUCUUUUGUCUUACCUAAGGAAUCAGGAUUUUAUCUUUAGCGAGCGAUAUUUCUGAGCCAAACUUCUGUUGAUAUAAACUGACUCUAAAUUCACCGACAAAAUAAUUCGCUAGGGAAUCUAUGUUCAUCUGAAUAGAACUGGUCCCGUAGGAAAGACGCCUGAACAGGUAUUCGUUUACUGUAAUACCUCGUGUCAUGUAGUAAUACACUCCAGAUGUGAUCGAUUUGAGGG